UGCAGCGCGGCUCUCUUGUCCAGCCCUGCUGCGUGCUGGGAUGCCUGGGGCCCAGCGUGGGGACAGCGCCGCAUCCCUGCUCCAGCUGCGUCUCCUAGCGCCGAGCACAGCCGCUGCACCAUGGGGCAUUGCCAGGGCCGGCCGGAGGCUGCUCUUGCCCGACUGCUGCUGCUGCUGGGCCUCCUGGCGUUCUGCUUGGCAGGGCUGGGGGAGCCGGGCCCCACCAUCGAUGGGCAGCCGCUGGCAGUGUGCACGCUGCGGGAGGGGGAGAGCCGUGUCUUCUCCUGCCGCGCUCCCCGGCCGGCCCCGGGCGCCAUGCUGGCGUGGUACCUCGAUGGCCAAAAGCAGGAGGCAAACUGCUCCGCCGUGGGCACCGCCAGCACCCUCACUCUCACCGCUCGGCGCAGCCACCGCCAGCUCAACUGCUCCCUGACGGACCCAGCCUCCGGGCACACCUACAACGCCUCCGUCCUCCUUGAUGUGCAGUAUAAGCCAGAGAUCCUGCAGGCAGAUGCCCACUACCAGGAGGUUGAGGGCAAGGGACUCCUCCUUGUGCUCUUUGUGCUGGUGGAAGCCAACCCACCGGCCAGCAUCACUUGGGUGGACCAGGAUGGGCGGGUGAUGGCCAACGCCUCAGAGUUCCUCCUCCUGGACACCACACACUACCCGGGGCUGGCUAACCACUCGCUCCGCAUCCACCUGGACACCACAGCUGGCAACUUCUCUGUCAGCGCUGCCAACAGCCUGGGUGUCACCAGCACCUCCCUCCUGCCGCCAGGUCUGCUGGAUGCCCGUGUGGAGCUGCCCCUCCUGGGUGUCGCCGUCGGAGCAGCCCUGGCCCUGUCUGCCCUGCUCAGCCUGGGCUCCUGUGCCGCCGGCCUGGCGUGCCAACGGCCCAAGCCGGUGCCCGGCGAGGGGCAAGUGGGGGGGAGCAGCCCGCUCAGCCGGUGCUCCCGUUGCAGCGGCCCUCAGCUCCCACAGCCCGAGGGUGCACGUCUGCCCCGCCAGACCCGGUCACUGCCACCUGACCUGCACCUCGGCGACCUCACACAGGAGGCCAGAGCUUCCCCCAGGGACGCAGGAGCUGGUUCUGGGGGAGAGGAGAGCACGUGGCCGGGGCUGGAGAACUCCCUGGUCCUCAGCAAGCUUGGUUUUAUCCAGCUCCCAAAGUCUGGGCGCAUCUACAAAGUGCCCAGUGUGAGCAGUGAGGAGAUCUGGCUGUGAGACGUGACACGGUGCCUUGAGGCAGGGCUGCCCGGCCCCAGUGGCACUGCACCAACCGAGGAGAGCCAUGGGCAAACAGAACACUGAGGAAAACCAGGUAUUGACAACCAAAAGGAAACAAAGCUUCCCUCGAAGGAAACUGAACCAAAGCCUGCACCAAGCCUUGCCAUAGACCCACUGCAGUUUAAAACUAUGUACUAAAGAAAAAGGCAGCGUGCAGCAAGUGCAACCUCACCCUCCCUGACUCACUGUGAUGUUGUGCUGCUUGGAGUUCUCUGUCAGCCAAAGGGAGAGCACGGUGGGAUCCGACUGCUUGGUUGAUGGCUCGUCCAGCACCAGCAGGCCCAGGUUAUCAGGGUUGCCGUCGGGACGGGGAACCUGCAAACAAACAGAGGCCCUGUUUCCUGUAGGUGUCUAGAGCAGGGGACAUUGGGCUGUUUUAGAGGGACCCUCCCCAUGGUUUAAAACCCAGACCCUAAAGGGCAUUGGCAGGCCUGCUCUCUGGAGUACGAGUUGAUAGUACAGUGCUGCCUGAAAAGCACAAGGGAAAUGUGGCCCUGGCCCCAAAUUAUGCCUGAGAAGUGACUGACAGCUCAGGGGCAGGGCUCCCUGGGCUGUAGGGCCAGGCUUCAGCCAACACCACAUCCUGUUUCAGCUCGUGCACAGCACAUACAGAGGGAAGCAAAUCAACUGUACCUUUAGGAACGCAUCAAUGUCUCCAACUGCAGGAAUAAAGCCUGGGAUGAAAGGCU